AUGGCCUGCUGUUCCACUAGCUUCUGUGAAUUUCCCACCUGUUCCACUGGUGGGACCUGUGGCUCCAGCUGCUGCCAGCCAACCUGCUGCCAAACCAGCUGCUGCCAGCCAACCUGCUGCCAGACCAGCUGCUGCCAGACCAGUGGCUGUGGGACUGGCUGUGGCACUGGUGGUAGCACUGGCUAUGGCCAGGAGGGAGGCAGUGGAGGUGUGAGCUACCGCACCAGGUGGUGCCGCCCUGACUGCCGCGUGGAGGGCACCUACCUGCCUCCCUGCUGUGUGGUGAGCUGCACCCCCCCAUCCUGCUGCCAGCUGUACCACUCCCAGGCCUCCUGCUGCCGCCCAUCCUACUGUGGACAGUCCUGCUGUCGCCCAGCCUGCUGUAAGCCCAUCUGCUCUGAGCCCACCUGCUGCCAGCCCAUCUGCUGUGAGCCCACCUGCUGUGAGCCCACCUGCUAA